GAGUCGAAUCAUGGAUGCACGAUCCCUGGUUAUAUCGGCUUAAGAUCUGUGCUUUGACGAUCGAUGAGUAUCGUUCGAAAGGCCAGAUGGAAGGAACGCAACUGACUAUCCACGGGCUCGUCCGAAAUGACGAAGGCGUCUACCAGUGUUUCGUCGAAAAUGAUUUCGGUUCGUUACAGGCGGCUGCCUUGCUGACCGUUCACACUGCGGGUGAGGCCUUUGCAUGUUACUCAUGCGACCUUGUCAGAUUGACUUCAUUGAUUCGAAACGACACUAAUGGAGAUACACCACCGAAGUUGUUCACCAGUUCGCCACCGUCAACGCCUACGGAACUGCAAGUAUUGAACAUCGGCAGUCGGUACGUGAUACUGCGCUGGGAUUCAGCACAGGUUGUCGUCGAGCAGUUGGUCGGCUAUCAGGUGUAUCUGAAAGGCGGCGAAUCCUUCAGGGAAGUGCUGUUCAAUACGUCGGUCAGCGACUCGAAGAAAUUCAAGAUCUCUCGGCUGCAGCCGGAAACGAUGUAUAUCAUCCGAGUAGUGGCGUACAACAAGAAUGGUUUCAGCCAGCCGUCGAAAUCGCUGAAGGUGGUCACCUCGGCCGAAAAGGAGACUGCGGACAGCAUUCGUCACCUGAAGGCGUAUUCGCUCAGCUCGACGAGCGUCGAAGUUCGAUGGGAUCCGCCGUUGAACAACGAACCGAUCAACUAUUACCGACUGUUCUAUGCUAGAGCGAUGCCGGACGUGGAUGGUGGAAGUCGUUCGGCGAAGAACGACGCUGGCGACAACGAAGACGAAGACGAAUACGAAGAAAUCGAAACACAGUUGGACAGCACAUCGUACACCCUCCCUGGGCUCGAGGAGUACGUCGAGUAUCAGUUUCGAGUCGAGGUGCUGUACAAAAACGGCCGAGCUGUGUCUUCAUCUCUGGUUCUCGCGCGAACCCUGUCUGACCGGCCGUCUGCCGCGCCUCAAAAUGUCACCGUCGUUCCUGUAAACAUCGACACCAUUGUGCUCAGGUGGGCACCACCCCCAGACAAAGAGUGCAACGGCCCAAUAACGGGUUACAAAAUCAGAUACAAGCAAAAAGAUCCACAUGUGCGCGGUUUCACGAUUCAGAUAGAUGGUUCAAAGCAGGAGCAUCUGAUUGGAAAGUUAGACCCAAGUUUGUCGUACGUGUUCAAGGUGGCAGCAGCAACGGUGAACGGCAGCGGACCGUAUUCACCUUGGGUGCAUAUGGCAUCAAGCGUUACUGGCGUUGAAGAAACGCAAGUUCCGGGCGCUCCCACGUCGCUUCGUGUUCAAGCGAAAGCGACUGAAAUCUUGCUUUCGUGGACGCCUCCGUUAGACGAAGGCAUUUUGAUUCGCGGUUUCCUGAUCGGUUGGGGCAUCAACGUGCCGGACAUCCAAGUGAAACGCGUUUCUGGCUCUGAACGGUUUUACACGAUUACAAAUUUGAAGCCUAAUAAAGACUAUGUCAUAAGUCUGAAGGCAUAUAACAAGAUGGGUAAUGGAUUUCCGAUCUACGAAACCGUGCGCACCACAUCGGCGGUUACCACCGGCCCCACCCGCGUCAUCGAAACACCGAUCGGCCUGCGUACAUCCGUCAUCUCGUCUACGGCCAUCUUCCUGACGUGGUCGGAUGGCUCUCAGUACAACUGCUUUCGCUUAUUUCUGUUGCCGUUAAAUUUUAAUCGAUGCUUGGUUUUGCGGUUAAGGCUGAACAACAUGAUGUCGCGACUGAAUUCAGAUAAUGGUCAUUACACCAUAAGGUAUACGAGUCAUUACGGCAUGAAUGGCCAUUACCGCUACGUCAACUGCACGGAAGCCAGCUAUACUGUCGAAGGCCUCAAGCCGGACACGCAGUAUGAAUUUUCAGUGAAACUCGUUGUCGGCAAUGCAGACAGCGAAUGGAGCAUGACGGCCGUUAAUAAAACGCAUAGUGCCGCUCCCUCAUCUGCGCCACGAGAUCUGACUUCAAUCAAUUCAGAUAACGAUCCAUCAAGGGUUAUUUUAAGCUGGCAGCCUCCGAAGCAUCCAAACGGAAAGAUUACACAGUAUUUGAUUUACUAUUCCAUUGAUCCUCAAGCGCCUGAUUCGAGCUGGAUGAUGGAGGGUGUACGCGGCGACCGACUUAGUACAUCCGUGGACAAUUUAGUACCAGCUACGAAUUAUUACUUCAAGAUCCAGGCUGUAAACGACCGCGGGUAUGGUCCGGUUUCGGCUGUCAAGCCCUACAGGGCAAAAUAUGUGCGCAAGUCUGAACUGACGGCCGCUGAUAGGUUGUCACCGCAUUUGUCCCAGUUGACCCAUGCAGCCGACGCUUCACUGUCGAAAGAAACGAUCGUCAUCGUGACGGCUGUUGCGGUCACAUUUUCGCUCCAAAGGCGCAAACGUGGCCGAGGCUACACUGCUGGUAUAAAGAAGAAGAUCCCGAGGGACGUCAAGCCUCCUCCUGAUCUGUGGAUUCAUCAUGACCACGGAUUCGAGAUGCGCAUCGUCGACCAGAAACAAACUUACAGCGGUGCGCCGUCGUUGCAAGAUUUGAAACAGUACCGAACUCCGAGUCCCACGUUUACCGACGUUCCGCGAUACCACUCGUUGGCUGGUAAUAUUUUCGUUGCACUGUUUUGCUCUUGGAGAAUGGUAUGUACUGUUUGCCUGUUUCUAGUGUCUCAAAUUCCUUCGGGGUCAUUGAAGAGCAACCAGCAUCAUCGGUCAUCAGCCAGCGUCGAUCUGGCCGCACAGACGCCUCGUGGAUUUUCUUCUCAAAUCAUUAGAACGCCUCAGGUGGUCUACACGGGAUCGAAAAGUCAGCACUCGCGAUCCAGUGUUGACGAAGGUCAAAGCGCUGAUGAUUUCGUGCCCACGCCCCCUAGCUGCGUUCCGUCGCCGUUGGCGACAGUGGACGGUCGUAACAAAGGCGGCGAAGGCGCCGCCGCCACAUUCAUCAGCGGUCGAAAUAGCAGCAACCCUCUCACAUCGUUUACCAUGCUCACUCCGCCUCCUCCACCGCCGCCUAUGUGUACAACACCUGACUCAGCAAUAAGGCCGUCAGCUGUGUUGUCUCUUGGAGCGCCAACUGGCUCGAAACCAAAGGUUGGUAGCAGUAUCGUCAUUGGAACUAAAGCCCGGGCGAUGCAACAGCAACAGCCGCCGCCACCGUCACAGGUUUCUUCGCACAUAAUCGCUGGUACUUUCGCAGAUGCGAAUCCAUAUUCGCCCGGAAAGGUCAGCGAUUGUGAAAUAAUGGUAAUUUGUUUAGCCUUAUAUUUCGCUACUUCUUGCUUUAGAUAACG